AUGCUUCAGAUCCUCUGUUUUGUUGGUGGCUAUCCCAGUGGUGCGCCCACUGGUGCCUGUGAGGACAUGCUGCCUCGCCAUUCUGGGGUGCUGCCUCAGCCUUCACCAGCGCCUUACGCUCUUCUCACUAACACCAGGAUGUUUCAGCCAGGCGAGGCCAUUACAGUGGUUAUCGCUGGACCAGAAUACAGAGGUGUGCUUCUGGAGGCUCGGACAGAUGGAAGCACUGAUGCUCUGGGGAGCUGGCAAAUCCCUCCUCCAGACACAAGGUUUCUUCAGGUGAGUUAAGGACCUACACUCCUAAAAAAAGGAACUCUACAAGGUGCUGUUACUCAUUCCAACACCAACCUGAAGGGCAACACCACUGUAUACAGCUGGAUACCACCCAAUUCUACAAGCCAUAUCUACUUCAUGCCCACAGUAGCUCAGCAGCGCACAGUUUUCUGGAUCAAUGUGAAGUCUAACCCUCUGAUCAGAGGUGCUGGGGUGAACAUCAUGUGA